ACUAAGAAGUAAGCACAGUUUCACUUCAGUUUAGCAGCUUUUUUUGACAGACACCCACACAAACACGCAAGUCAUAAGUUACAAGGUUUCACUUCUCACUCAUGCAGGAAAUAAAACUGCAUUAUUUCAGAAACGACCAUUAAAAGCAAUCGCAUUUAAAUAAAGUAGCCUCUAUUCUGAUAUCAAAAUGCUUCUUUUAAGCAUGAUAACUGCACUCAUCUUUUGCACAUAUGGAGAAAAAAACCCUGCAGUACAAGUCGUCUUGACCAACAAAGGACUUCAGUAUGGACGAAACGUGGCUGCAGACUGGAUUCAGGAAAAGCUGGAGGUCGUCACACUCCCUGAUGUGGACGGUGAAAUACCCAUUGGCUUUCUGGGCCACAUAGGCUACACUCUAACUGGUGUCACUAUACCCAAGUGUGACUUUCCAGACCCGUCCCUAGAGUUCUACCAGGAUGUCUCAGGACUGAAGAUGUCCAUUGCAGGUCUCAGCAUCGCACUGACAGGAGCUUGGCGGGCUCACUGCGGGAUAAUAUAUGGAGGUGGCUCUUUCGACCUGGCCCUGUUUGGAGUAGACUUGGUCUCAGUAGUGCACUUGGGGAGCGAUGGUGAUGGACACUUGUCUUUAAUCAACGUGAGCUGUGAUACUCAAACUAGAGACGUGGACUUGCGUUUCUAUGGCGGCUCCAGUUGGAUCCUCCAGCCUUUUGUGAAGCAUCUCAAAGCACGAAUCAUAAGUCAAACAGAGGCCAAACUUUGCGCCGCUGUGGAAGAACUUAUCGUGAACUUGGACCACCAUCUACAGGCCAUGAAAGUCAUUUUUCAGGUGAAUCAAGACCUGAUUCUGGACCUGCCUCUCACUGGCCUACCUGUCAUUGAUGCUUCAAGUAUUCGCCUUGGUUUUCAGGGAGAAUUCUACAGUAUCAAAAGCCCAAAGGAGCCGCCCUUUGAGGCCCAGCCUUUCGUGGUACCUGAGCAUCCGGGCUACAUGCUGUCAGUGGGCCUGUCUGACUUCACGCUCAACUCCGCCUCCUUUGGAUACUUCUCAGCAGGUUUACUGCAGGCCUUCAUCGAUGACAGCAUGAUACCUCCCAGCUCACCUGUGCACCUUAACACCCGUUCACUGGGUCCCUUCAUUCCUCAGCUGCCCAAGAUGUUUCCAGACCUGCCCAUGGUUCUGCACACUUACGCCAGACACUUCCCGGUAUUCUCCUUCCACCCCGGGGCCAUCACGCUGAGCUUGCCCAGCUCGGUGAAGGCCUUCGCCAUCCAGCCCAAUGCCACACUGACCCCGCUGUUUAAACUCCACGUGGAUUCAAGCUUCCAGGGCAGAGUGUGGACAGAUGAUGGAUGCGUGAAGGGCUCGGUGACAAUGGACAGUAUCACUCUGACUCUGGCAGCUACAGUAAUAGGACCCUUUAAGACUACUGCUUUGGAAAACUUGGCAAAGAUGGCGAUGAAAAUGUUUGUCUUGCCUCGGCUCAAUGACAAACUGUCCACAGGCUUUGCUUUACCGCGAACAAGACAUGCACAGCUGGUCAACUCAGUUCUGACAGUGGAAGAGGGAUUCAUUGCUUUCUGUUCAGAUGCCAAACUGCAGCCAAGUGACCACCAUCUUAAUGAACACACAUUUUAGCAGCUUUUUAACAUGUCUUGCAUUUUUACUUUUCCACGCCGUACAUAUGCAUUAGGACUGCAGGAACGAUUACACAGUUAAGGCCUCAGUGGGAACUGCACAAUGAAGAACUGGCAAGGCAUGGCUGUAGAUUACCACAAUGUAUCUCACAGGACAUAUUUUAGUGUAUGACAGUACAAUAAGGAAUGCUCCGCCUAGUGGUGAAAUUAACGCAUUACAACUUUGUCAAUCAUUAUAUACACUCCUGAUCAAAAUCUUGAAAAAAUUGCUAGAAUUUGCAUUUUGCACAUUUGGAUCUUAAUGAGGUUUUAAGUAGAGCUACAAUAUGCAAAAGCAAGAAGGGGGAGUGAGACAAAAAACAUUUGGAACUUGUAAUUUAAACAACAAAAACUGAAAUAGGUUGUUUAUCACCUGAUCAAAAGUUUAAGACCACAGGCUAUAAAAGCCAAAAUCUGCUCAAAAUGUUCAUUUUCUGUCAGGCAUUCACACUGUCAUGCCCUCCUGAUGGCUAAAGCUAAGAAGCUUUCUCUUUUUGAAUGUGGUCGGAUUGUCGAGCUGCAUAAGCAAGGCCUCUCAUGGAAUCUUUGAGGUUAUUAAAGUCUUGAUGAACCAUUGAAGUCUAACCAUUAAAAGUUAUUUAAAAAUAUAUAUUUUUAAAUGUUUUUCUGCUAUUUUUUGAACAAGAACCCCUGAUUUUCUUCUAAAGGGAAAAACUAAAAGGUAAUGCAACAUUAAAAAAAAAAAUUCUGUGCAAAAUAGAAUGUUUGAGGCUAUUACAGCCUUGACGAGGUCAAUAAUUGAUUUAGAUAAACUUACUCUCUCUACCCUUAGGUCCCAAACUUUAAUUAAAUUUAUUUAUAAAGCGCCAAAUCACAACAACAGUUAUUUCAUGGCACUUUUCGCAUAAAGGUCACACUCGUAAAUGAAAACAGAACCAACUGAAACCCCACAUGAGCAAAACACUUGAUGACAGAGGCAAGGAAAACUCCCUCUGGGGAAGAAACCUUGAAAAGAUGCCGCGCUCUGUGGGCCGCCAUCUGUCUCAACCGGUUGGGUUGAGAUAGAAAAGUCACCAUUGAUGCACUACACUGCUGAUGGGGAUGUCAUACAACUUCAUGUCAAAAAAUCCAAACUAUCCCUUUAAGACUCGUGCGGCACUAUUUUGAACUAACUGAGGGGUCUUGAAAGAUUUCUUAGGGCAACCUAUUAACAGAUUUAAAAUAAUCCCACCUGGAGGUCACAAAAACAUGGACAUGUUUUUCUGCAUCUGCUAGUGGCAGGAAUUUUCUGAAUGAAAAAAUGCUGUUCUUGACACUCAUUUGGGAACUAAAGGAAAGGUCCUGAUCGAAAAUGACACCAAGGUUUCUGACUGUUUUGUGGAGGGUGAGUGAUAGUAAUAUCAUUUGCAAUCUUGUCUCUGAGGUUCUGGGAACCAAGGAGUAUGAUUUCAGUUUUAUUUGAAUUUAACAGUAAAACGUUUCCUCUGGUCCCUCUCACUUCAUACCUAACCACUAAAUGUUUUUAAUAUUUUCUUUAAAUAUAUAUUUUCAAUAUAAACUGUGACC